AUGGCGACGAAGUCGAAACCCCUUUUUCUCUCAGCACGCCGUUCCUCGCCGCGUACUCGCUCCGGAGCUGUGCCGGAACUAAUUUCCUCGCCGCGUACUCGCUCCGGAGCUGUGCCGGAACUAAUUUGCUUGCCGCGUACUCGCUCCGGAGCUGUGCCGGAGCUAAUUUCCUCGCCGCGUACUCGCUCCGGAGCUGUGCCGGAACUAAUUUCCUCGCCGCGUACUUUCUCUAAAUUUGUGCCGGAACCAAAUUCCUCGCCGCGAACAGACGGAAUCCCUCGAACGCCGUUUUCAUCCGGAGCCGUGACUCCCGUCGUCGGAGCCCUAAAAUCAGUCUCUUUAUCCGAUUGGUGGCUAACGAAGAAAGCAAAUGAGAAGGCUUUGGGUGUUACAGGAUUCGAAUCGAAAGGUGGAUAUGAAGUGAGGCUAUUCUCGUCAGGAACAAUCUCAAUACGACAUGACAGUACCACGCUCGAGACAUCUGAUGGGAUUAGAGUUUGUAUCAGUGGAUUCAUCAACCGAUCGCGAACUUUACAGAACGGGUUUUCCUCUGAGGUUUGCAAUCGUUUUCUCUUAGGGUUUCCGUAUAGCUGGAAAGAUCACGAUGAAGAUGAAACCGUAGAGGAGAAGAAGCAUUUCGGGAUUUCGUUUGAUGAUAUUCCUGUGAAUAGGUAUGAGGAUCUUCUGUUUACGUCUUCUUCUUGCUUGAAAAGUGAGAUCUUGGAUGAUGUAGUUAACAGUUUAAGAGAUUUGGUUUGUCCUCGUACUGAGAAAUCAAACGAGGAAUGUGAGAAAUCAAGAAUGAUUACUGAAGAUGAUGAUGAUGAGAGUGUGGUUCCAAGUGUUGUGGGAGUGAAGACUAGAGGGAUGCUUAGAAGAAGUGAAGAGAAUGAAGCUUCCAUUGGGAAAAGAGUCCACACAUCGUCCAAGAGGAGGAGAUGA